GCCGUCUGUUCGGUCUGGCAAUGGCACGAUUGCGACUGGGCUAUACCAAGUCGCGCACCGGCUGUUUGCGGUGCAAGCAACGCAGGGUCAAGUGCGACGAGACGAGGCCGGCCUGUAAGGCCUGCGUCCGCCAUGGCAUCGAAUGUAGCCUUUCCACGCAGCCCCCGCCGACUGCCGCCGGAACCGCCGGAAGCCCGGCUGCGACUUUGGUGGCCGCCAACCCAACAGCUGCAGGAGCAACGGGGUCUGCCCCGUGUCCACUACCGGCAUCGUCCCGGAGGAGCCGGACACGACCCGUCAACCCUACUCUGCAGCCCAAGAUCGAACCGCUUGUAGUCGGCUCGGAAGCAGGAGGUCCCUCACCCGCUGGCUCGGUACCCACUUUGGCCGACUCCCCCGCGACUGCUGUCACCCCCGACCCCUUCCCGUACCUCACCAAGCUCGUCACCGGCCCGCCCGAGGAGGACACGGCCAACUGGGUCUUCGACCUCGAGCUGCUCCACCAUUUCACCACCUCCACCUACAGCACCCUCCUGCUUGACCCGGCCCGGCCCGAGCCCAGCCGCAUGUGGCAGACCGAGGUGCCCAAGCAGGCCUUUGUGCACAUCUUCCUGCUGCACCAGAUCCUCGCCGUGGCCUCGUACCACCUGGCCCAUCUCCACCCGGAGAGCCGCCAGGUCUACUCGCUGCGCGCCUCGCAGCACCAGAACGCCGGCAUCCGCCGUAUGCGCCACGCCCUCUCGGAGCUCUCGCCCUCCAACUGCCACGCCCUCUUCGCCUCGUCCUCCCUCCUCUUUAUCGGCUCCCUCGCCGCCGCGUCCACCAGCCGCGACGCCCUUGACGCCCUCACCGUCGACGACCUCGUCGACGUGCUGAUCCUGGUCAAGGGCGUCGGCACUGUGCUGUACUCGUGCCAGGACCUGAUCCGCAGCGGCCCGCUGAGCGACCUGUUCAUCCAGCGCGGCGGCUCCGACGAGCCCAACCCGGCCCUGGACCGCGUCGUGCUGGCCGUCAGCGACUUCCUCGUCGAGAUUGCCGAAACCGAGACCGACGCCCGCGUCCGAGCUAUUAUCCACGCUGACGCCUACCGACUGGUCUCGGUCAUCCGCAACUCGCUCGUCCAGACCGCCGGUCCCGAAUACAGGGUGGUUGCCGCCUGGCCCAUCCAGAUGUCUGAUGACCUGAUCCCGCUGCUGAGACAGCGGAACCAGCCGGCUCUCGCACUACUGAGCUACUACUGUGUUGUCUUUCACGCCGCAGAGAUGCAGGGGUACUGGUUCAUGCGCGGGUGGGCGCCCGCUGUCAUUCAAGACAUUGCGCGAACCAUGACGGGGCCGUGGAAGCGCCACUCGGCCUGGGCCCUCGGCUGGAUUACGGGGCAUGUGGUCAUGGGGUGACUCGACAGCAGGGAAGCCCACGUGAGGCUUUCAAAGAUGCUUGCACCCGCCCACCGAACCAAUAAGGUUCACGAGAGUCAGCUUGUUGCGGCCUGAAAUGGACGAGGGUUCAGAUGCAAGCGAUGUCUUCUUGGAGUUUCAUGUCGUGUUUCCUAAAAAGAAGAAGGGGAAGCCCGCCGCACACCACCACAUCCUACGGCAACCUCCCAAGAACCACCACGCCCCCUCCUCCAUUACUUCCCCUCGGGGAACUUCCGAAACAGAUCUAGCAGUUUGUCGAUCGGCGCCGCCAGAAGUCCCGCGACCGUCUCGAACGGCGGCCGGUC